AUCGGUGAUUCGGAUAUUUUGAUUGUUAUUUUGAGUGUACUCUGAAAGGACAUUCCAUUUCGAAAGUGUUCGUUCCAGUUCAAUCCUGCAAAAAUGGAUAUUCACAUCAUUUUCACUGUUUUAUUAAUGUCAACCGUGAAUCAAGUGGUGUUUACUCUACAAAAUCAGUACAUUGGCGAAUGUUAUUACGACGACGGCAAUUAUGCGGAGAGUAACUUGACGUUAGUCUGUGUGAAAGAAUAUCGUGAAACGGCGUUAUUUAAACCGUCAUGGGUCAAGCCAAUAUGUUUAAAUCAAGGCAAGUGUCGCACAACCGAGUGUAAAGAUGGAUUUUACAAGUUUAUGAUCGGUCGAGUCAGCUUUAAAAACUGCGUGCUACCAAAAAUCCCAGACAAAUUGUUCAAAAUUUACGACAACAUUCGCAUUUUAAACAUGGCAAAUAUCAGUACUGUAUCGCUACAUCCAGAUGACUUCGCUGAAGCCCAUUAUUUAACCAACUUAAACGCUUCGUUCAAUAAGAUCAGCGAAAUUUCAUCGAAUUUAUUCGCAAAUGCUCAAAAACUCAUCGACGUUGAUUUUUCUUUCAACCGAAUUGUCCGAUUUCACGCUCACGCUUUUGCCAAUGGAAAUCAUUUGACCCAUCUCAAUUUAUCGCACAAUAACAUUGUGGAAUUAAAUGUGGAAAUGUUUCAAAAGCUCACUCAAUUGAAGCACUUACGGCUGGAUCACAAUAAAAUUGUUGAAUUACCGUCAUUUUUAUUCCACAAAAACGAAAAAUUAACUGAAGUGGACUUUUCGUACAAUAAAAUCAAGAAAAUCGACAAUUUUGCAUUUGCCGGCGAUUUUAAACUUGAAUAUCUGAAUUUAUCCCACAAUGAACUCACUACGUUUCAAAAAAGAUUCUCCGACAAUCAUUCGAAAUUAAAAAAAUUGGAUUUGUCAAGCAAUCGAAUCCACGCUUUGAAACCGGACACAUUCGAUAGCCUUCGCGAUUUGGUGCUUCUCGACAUAUCAAGUAACUUCUUGGAAAAAUUGGACAAUAAAACAUUCAGCAAUCUUUUGAAACUUCAGACAUUAAUUUUAUCACGAAAUAACUUGACAGAGGUCAGAUUGGGUACGUUUUCACCUCUGCUGAGCCUUCGAGUUCUGGAUUUGUCAAAGAAUAUGUUGAAAACUUUGGAUGCUGAUAUUCUUCCGCCGCAGUCAAGUUAUUUGGAGUUGAUUGUAAUCGCCGAUAAUCAGCUGCGUGAGCUACGAGGAUUUACCAGCCUACGAAUUCCCAAUACGAAAAUUAUUGGCAUCGAUAGCAACCGUUUCAAUUGCACGUUUUUAGAUCAGCUGUUCGAUGCGAUCACAUGGAAACACCUUGACGCAAUUUCGAUUCGAAUUGAAUGCAAUUCAGCGAAUGAAACCAGGGAGAUAACGACGAAUGGGACCAUUGGAUCUGGAUCUGUAUCGGAUUUUAUUGAAAAUGCUACGUUUUCCUGGAUUGAUGAAUCGAUUAGUUCUACUGAUACGGUGACAAUUAAUCCAAUUGAAAGUGCGACAAUUGCUAAAACACUUAAAAAUAGUGAAUUUUAUGAAGGAAAUGUGAUUGCAACAAAUAAAAGUGCUCAAUUGGAAGCUAAAGCAAGAAAUAUGAAGCAAAAAAGUGCAAUAUCAACAAAACACGGACACAACGUCACACAACACACACACUCGCACGUGAAUAGCGAAUGCGAAUUGACGCUAGUGAAGAAAUACUUAUACCUUCUGAUAUGCAUAGUGACUGUUGGGUUUACGAUUGCAGCGCUGCUGUUUACACGACUCAUUCAUCACACACGAAUGCUCGAGAAGGAGAGAGACGAACACAGAACUGACUUUGAUGUGAAAUAUUACGUGGAAACAGUUAAGCCGGCUGAGUUGCCGCAAUCAAUGAACUCAAUUGAGAAUCACACGUAUGAAGUGAUUGAAAUUGUGAAAAAUGGAUGCAGCUCUCAAAUUGAGGAUCACAGCGAUCGAAAAAUGUCACUUUCGGACGAAAUCACUGAUUCCUCGACAUUUGUGAGAGCAUCAAACCAACGAGUGGAAGAAAUAAGUUUUGAGAAUUGUGAAUUCGUUCAACUGCCGUACAAUAUAUUCUCUGCAUAUCCUGACGUUCAUUUGUUCAACAUAUCAAAUGUUGGAAUACAAUCGCUACAACCGGAAUCGUUUGACUUUGCAACUGAUUUGAUUGCAUUGAAUGCGUCUCAUAAUCGCAUCACUGAAGUUCCAGCAUUUUUACUUCGAUAUUCGCCCAAUUUAACGGAUGUAGACUUUUCAUAUAAUCAAAUCGAAUGGGUCGAUCCAGACGCGUUCACUCUACACCCUUCGGGAAGCCAUAUCAAACAUUUAAAUCUGUCCCGCAACAAUUUCACUGAAUUGCCAGUGUCUAUGUUUAAAAACCUCGUCGCAUUGGAAAGCCUUCAAAUGACACAUAAUCAAAUCGAAAAAAUUCCAUCAUUUUUGUUCCGUACAUGCAAUCGGCUCAUCGAUAUUGAUUUUUCGUACAAUAAAAUUGCAACGAUUGGUCAUUUUGGAUUUUUUGAGGACUUUUAUUUGCAAGUGUUGAAUUUAUCGCAUAAUAAUCUAAAGAAACUGGAUAUAAAAAUCGGCGGAAAUUUAUAUUUAACACAUUUGGAUGUCUCAUCGAAUCAAAUCACAAAAGUGGAGACAAAUGCCUUGAAAUAUCUACAGAAAUUGGUAUUUUUGAACCUGUCGCAAAAUCCAAUUCGGAAAUUGAACAGCGGAACAUUUGCAGGUCUGGCUAAUUUGGAAUAUUUGAAUUUAUCGCAAACUGAAUUAACUGAGAUCCAACCGGGGACAUUUUCAUCGUUCAAAGCUUUAAGAAUACUGUGGCUGUCAAAGAAUCACAUUAAAAUACUGGAUGGUAACAUUUUUUCGCCGUCACAUUCCCUUGGAAUGCUGUUCAUUGAUGAAAAUCCAAUUGAAGAGUUGAAUGACUUCACAGAACUAUUUGUCACCACAAGCAUUCAUAUUGGAACCAAUUUGAAAAAGCCCAUUAGCAUGCAAAUCAAAAUGAAAUUCGUUUGUUGCGUGCUCUUAUUGGUUUUGUCCAUUUUAACGGUGAAUUGUAACGUAUUCGGGAUUCCUGCGUUUGAACCCUUCAAUGGAUUUAAUUUAACAUUCAAAUGUGAAGGAGAUUGCGAGGAGUCAGUUUCUAACCUCAUUUCGAGAAGUUUCACCGAACCACCACCCGGUUUCGCCUAUGGGGAACAAAACCAAUACGUUCACACGAUCUCCUUUCAUAAUUGUAAAGUUGACGAAAUUCCACGGGGAAUUUUCUCUGCAUAUCCCAACAUUCAAUCGUUUGACGUAUCAAAAGUUGGAAUCAAAUCGCUUGGAUCGCACUCAUUUGAUGUUGCUGGUCAAUUGGAAAUAUUUAACGCCUCACACAAUCAAUUGACGGAAGUUCCAGCCGAACUAUUCCUAUACUGUAUGCAUUUAACGAACGUUGAUUUUUCAAACAAUCAAAUUGAACGAAUUGAUCCGGAUGCAUUCGUUUCACACCCUGUGCACGGUGGAAGUCAGAUCAAACAUUUAAAUCUUUCUCGCAACAACAUCAGUGAAGUGAACGCACAAAUAUUCAAUAAACUCAUCGCAUUGGUCACCUUAGAUCUGUCACACAACCAAAUCGAACAGAUCCCAUCAUUUUUGCUUCACAAAGCCGACAAUCUCAUCGAAGCCGACUUUUCGUUCAAUAAAAUUUAUACAAUCAGUGAUUUUGCAUUGUUCGGCGAUUUUAAUUUGCAAAAGCUCAACUUGGAAAGCAAUCGACUCACAAAAAUUGACAAACCAAUUAGUGAACAAGUGUAUUUGACUCAUUUGGAUUUAUCGUCGAAUCAAAUUGCGCGAGUAGAAUCGAAUGACUUAAAAUAUCUGUGUAAAUUGGUAUAUUUGGAUUUGAGUGGAAAUCCACUCCGUAAAAUCAACAACAAAACAUUCGCUGAUCUCGUGUAUCUGAAUUAUUUGAAUUUAUCGCGAACUGAAUUAACUGAAAUUGAACCAGGAACCUUUGGAUCGAUUAAAGAUUUUGAAACAUCAGAUAUUACACUAGAUCUUACGAAAAAUUUCAUUAAAUCCAUUGAUGCAAAUAUUAUGUCCGCGCUUUUCUUCGGGCAGAUUUUGCUUCAAGACAACCCCAUCGAAGAAAUCAACGGUUUCAAUAAAAUAACGCUAUUCCUAAGCAUUCAUACCGACAAAGUAUGGUCGUGUGCACGUAUGAACGAGGAUGACUCAAAAAGGGGCUGCUUGUUUUCUAUGUUAGUUCCGAUGAAAUGUCGUUUGGUAAAACCCGAUCAAAAUGCAACCGAAAAAAAUGAAGUUUCUACUGCAUCUUUGGAUGAAACUACGACACCAACGAAUACAAUUGCCGUUACUUCGAAUAUUGCUGAAAAUGAUGAACGCUCCGAACUCAAUGCCAUUAAGAAUGAGCAAACAAAGACAUCCAACGAAAUCCAGACGCCAAAUAGAGACAACGAACGCUAUAUUUUGUCAAAAACGCUAUACAUUGUCCAAAGCGAUGAAAAUCAAGUCGACAAUAUGAUCCUAAGUAAAGUUUCUAACGCUAUCCAAACCGUUAAUUCAAACGAAAUUUUCUAACAUUUUUGUUUAAAUCAAUUCAUUUCUUUCGAUCAACAAAUCUCGGUUCAUUUUUUAUUUGAUUUUCAAAGUUUCAUGUUGAGUUUUUCACUUCUCUUCUUUUACUUUUUUACCUUUUUUUACUUUGUUCUACU